AUGAUAGCUGCAGUGGAGGACAUGGACCCAAGUCAGCGGAAAGGAGGUUUCAUAGACAUAGCCAAACUGGUUGGAAAAAUCCUUUGGCUGAUUUGGUAUUGGGUUUGGGGAACUACUGAAAACUUCCUCUACCAACAAGAUCGCACCGCUCCAACUUACCUCAGCUCAAAUGAGAGAUUCCAUCUGAUGGAUGCCGGGCUGCUGAUGAAUGUACCCUACCCUGCAUUUCUGGGAGACAAGAGAGACAUCGACCUCAUCAUCGCACCAGAUUACAGCGCUGGAAAAGCGUUUGAGACCCUGACUCUUGCCAGACACUAUGCAGCUGAGGUGAAGAAGCCUUUCCCAGAGAUAGACGACAAAAUCCUGAAGGAGAGAGACUGGCCAAAGGACUGCUAUGUGUUUGAGGGAAAAAAGAAGGAGCCCACGAUUGUUUACAUGCCACUCUUCAACAGACGCAACUGCAAAGAUGCAGAGGAGGUCAAAGCAAAGAUGGACGAGUUCUCCACCUUCCAACGUCCCUACAACAAGGAGCAGAUUGAGUCUCUGUUGGAGAUAGUGAAAGCCAACGUGAAGAACAACAAGGGAACUCUGCUAAAGGAGAUCAACAAAGCUGUUCGCCGCAGAGAGAAGAAGUAGGAGUAGGGAUGGGUGUCAGAGAUCAGAGAUGAUCUUGAAGCAGUGUCAGAGCUGUAAUCUGUGAUACAUAUUUCAUAUAUUUUAAAUCAUAAGACAUCCAAUGAGAUAUUUUUAGGCAUGUACUUAAUCAUUACUCUGCUAAACAGUGCUAUAUAUAUGUUAAACAGGUGCGUGAAAUAGUGUCUGAUUUUGGUUUAAUUACAUAUAAACAAUGUUUGUUGAUUAUUAGAGAGAAGAUAAAUGUUCAAGACGUGUGACAAUCAUUUAUAAAGGCUUGCUCAUGUUUAUGUUGAGAAAAAUGAAGGACCAUGUGUCUGGUCACCUGUGAAAUUCCAGGCCAAGAAAAUGCUUACUGUUUUAAUUUCAUCAUAAAGUUUUAUUUCUGAGUUCUUAUGUAUUUUUGAUUCUUUGAUAAUAGGGUUAAAUCUGUGGUGGAAAGUUUCUAAGACAUCUUUGAGAAUGUGUAAUCUCUAGAGUCAUUUGAUGAAUUAUUAUUGUUCAUUUUUAUGUUGAGUGAUAUUAUGAAAUGUAACUGAUAAUUGUGUGGGCAGUGGCAUGAUGUUGACCGAGCACCUCACCUCAGUAAUGAGAGUACAGAAUGACCUUAUUUGGUCUGUGCACCUGAUCACUGAUUGGUCAUUCCAGACAGUCCUAUGAGCAGGUGAAGCCUGACAUCAACUACCACUUGACAGUGAGUGUGACUCCACCUUGUGGCAGAAGUUUAUAAAUGUAUGAUGCUUUUGUUUUCUCUAGCAAUAAAUAAAAGUCUAUAUUUACUCUGACAA